AUGGCAACAGCAAAAAAUGAACUACCACCAAUCUGUACGCAUAAUAUGGUGGAUCCAUCCGAUCACGUACUAAAUGCCCUUCGUCGAACCCAACUUAUCAAUAAUCCUAGUGAUCGAGUUAAAGUUAUUUUUCAUCCAGAAUUCUUAUCAUCAGUUUCACCGCUAAUAGGCCUUGAUUAUGAGGAGUUCGUUCGAGGAUGUCACAUUGGCGUCUUCCCAAGCUAUUAUGAACCUUGGGGCUAUACUCCGGCUGAAUGUACAGUGAUGGGAGUACCAUCUGUGUCUACAAAUCUUUCCGGUUUCGGUUGUUUCAUUCAGGUAUCAAUG